AUGUCCACCACCACCACCGCAACCACCUCCACCUCCACCUGCCACUCCAAACUCUACGACAUCCCAAUCAAAGACGCCGCCUGCGCCAUCCCCAUCUCCGACCCCAACUCCUCCCUCAUGCGCACCUGCUGCGGCGCCGCCUCCGUCCUAUCCUACUCCGCCUGCGACUACUAUUGUCUGGCACAGGGCCAGAGCGUCGGCGACCUGGCCGAAUGCCUGAUCAAGGGGGGCUCCGACCCGGGUGACUUCUGGUGCAAUACGAGCGCGAACGCGACGACCACGGCGACGGGGAAUGUUCCGACGGGGACGGGAGUGGGCACUGUGGUUGUGAGUGCUACUGCGACUGGGACUGGGACUGGAUCGGGGACGGCAGGAGGGGCGUCGGCUACGUCUAGCUCUGGUUCUACGAGCGGUGGAGAUGGAGUGCGGGUUGGGAAGAAGGCGAUGGGGGUGGUGAUGAUGGUGGUUGUGGGAUCGAUGGUUGGGGUUGUUGGAUAG